UCAAAAGAAAUUCAAAACCCACCUACAAAACCCUAAUUUUAUCCCUCUUUCUUUCUCUCUCCUCUUUUUUUCUCUCUCUUCAACGGCGCUUUCGUUCGUUUUGUGAGCCUGAGGAAUUUUUUCUCGGCAGUUUUUCUAUCAUCUUCAAUCUCCAAGGUUCAAGGAGAUUGAUUAUUUAUCUAAUUAUUUGUAGUUUUGGGGAUGAGAGAUUAUUGAUUGAAGAGUGGUAAUUAAAGUGGAGAUUUUUGUUUCAUUUGAAUAAAAAGGGGUAGAUCAUGGGGAAGGUAUCUCCUAAAGAUAAGGAAUCAAAAACCCCGAAACAGAGAAGACGAACACGGGCUUCAAACAAUAAGUAUCUAAGACCCGGAGCACUUGCUCAGCUCCGGUACACCAAGGCGUCAUCUACAAAGUCUUGCACCGAUUUGGGGAAGAAAAGAAUUGUGUUAUCUGAUUCCAAGAAGGGGGACAGUAAUGAAUUGGUGAUUGCACAGAAGGUUGUUCCCAUUCAAGAGACCUCCUCAAUGAUGUCACCUGAAAAGUUCGGGUUUUCUGCGGUGUCAUCACCUCUGGAUUUAGUGAAACAAAAUAGUCUUCUCAAGACUCCGAAGACUCCUCGCUUUGAAGGCUGUGAUUCGGAAUCCAGGCUGGAGGCUCUUCCUAUGGAUUUAUUGGUUAAAGUCCUUUGUCACUUGCACCACGAUCAGCUAAGGGCAGUUUUUCAUGUUUCGCAAAGGAUCAGGAUGGCUGUUAUUGUUGCUAGACAGUUUCACUUUAAUUAUACCACUCCAGAUCGCUCUCGCCAGGAAAUGUUAACGACAAUGACACCACUUGCAACAGAACACUGGCCAUUCUUUAGCAAGGGAGAGGGCAGAGGUUUUCGGUUACCAAGCCCACAUACCCCAAAAGCACCAAGGCAUGGUCCUCGGCCACCUUCUCGGUUAAAGUAUACAGAGAUGAGGCAGGUUGCUGCUGCUUUGUUUCAGGAAGCAUCACUCCCUUCGAGGUGCAUGGUUCCAUCUGUUCUAUCAAAACCUGUCUGCAAAAACCGAGUGCUGUUCUAUGAGGAUGAAUUAUGUCAAGCUGUAGCUCAGAACAAGCUCCGUUGAUACGGCUUAUGCUCGGUCGUGUAUAGUUUGUCUUCGAUUCCCUAGGGUGUGUGGUCAGUGGUCAUUGUGUAUUUUAGCUUCUUUUUACGUUUGUUUGGGGAGUGUUAGGUGGUUAUCUCAGGUUAAGUAGGAGGUGCAUGCAGUUUUGUAGUAUGAGAGGAAUAUACGAGAACUAGGGCUUUCAGUGACCUUGUGUUUUUUGUGAGGUUGGGUUGAGGUUGUUUAGUAUAGAAUAACAUGUUUAAGAUUGGCUGCCUGUAUGCUGUAUAUAUUAAAACUAUAUAGUAUAUCUAUAUAUAUUUCCAAGAAACGUCCUUUGUUUCUUGCAAGA